CUCUGCAGCAGUGGGCCAGGCUCGCGCCGGGAGAGGAGGCUGCCAGCCGGGUCCGUGUCGCUGCCGAGGGGCAGAGGGAGAGCCGGGGCGCCCCUCCUCCCGCCACCGCCGCGGCAAGAGACCGGCCAGGCAGCCGCCCAGCCGCGCCGGGAGCCCGGGGAUUGCAGCGGCAGCUCCCCCCUGGCCAGCGGCACCGCGGAGCCCCGCUGCCCUGCCCGCCCUGGCCGGGGAUUAUGCGAGAGGGAAGCGGGCAGGUCGGCAGCCCGCUCCUGGUAGCCGGGGAGAGCAGCAGCCGCCGCCGAGCGAGCGCUGGGGCCGCAGCCGGAUGUUGACAUAUGUGGACCAACAGUGACAUCCUACGUCAGCAAUGCUGCGUUGACUCCCUCCUGCAUUCAGAAGCAUCCAGAGAGAUUUCGUACGAACGGGGUCCUCAAUGCACUCACUUACCAUUAUUUAAGGAGACUUUACUAGAAAUAUCUGGAUUGCAUUUCUGAACUGACAAAAAGGCUUGGACUUCAAGAUGCUUAUAAAGGAAUAUCGUAUUCCAAUUCCAAUGAGUGUGGAAGAGUAUCGGAUUGCCCAGCUGUACAUGAUACAGAAAAAGAGCAGAGAAGAGACAUGUGGAGAAGGCAGUGGAGUGGAGAUCCUGGAGAAUAGGCCAUACACGGAUGGUCCUGGUGGCAUUGGGCAGUAUACCCAUAAAGUGUACCAUAUUGGUAUGCAUAUACCCAGUUGGUUUCGGUCUAUCCUGCCAAAGGCAGCUUUAAGAGUUGAAGAGGAGUCAUGGAAUGCAUAUCCUUACACAAGGACAAGGUAUACGUGUCCUUUUGUGGAGAAAUUCUCUAUUGAUAUUGAAACGUAUUAUAAAGCCGAUCCAGGGGAUCAUGUCAAUGUAUUCAGCCUUUCUCCUGCAGAAAAAAGACAGACAAUUCUUGAUCCAAUUGAUAUUGUUAAAGAUCCUAUCCCACCACAUGAAUACAAGUCAGAAGAGGAUCCAAAGCUUUAUAAAUCUGUGAAGACUAAAAGAGGGCCAUUGUCAGAGGACUGGAUUGAGGGGUACAAGAACAACCCUGGGAAAUAUCCAAUCAUGUGUGCAUAUAAACUGUGCAAAGUGGAGUUCAGAUACUGGGGGAUGCAGUCCAAAAUUGAGAGGUUUAUCCACGACGUUGGCCUUCGGAAGGUAAUGGUGAGAGCCCACCGGCAGGCGUGGUGCUGGCAGGAUGAAUGGUAUGGGCUCACCAUCGAGGACAUCCGGCAGCUCGAGAAGGAGGCACAGCUGAUGCUGGCUCAGAAGAUGGCCCAGUUCAGCUACAGUGAAAGUGAGGCAGAGCAGCACGGAACCAAAGACUCCCCAGGCGAGAAUGAUGCUGAAAGCAACGCCAUGUCCUCCGUCGACGCGGCAGACGCUGCUAGUAAUAUUGGUGAAGCCGUGUCUGGGAGAGGGAUAACCAAGCAAUGGUCCACGUCUUCCAAAUCCUCGCGAUCUUCAAAAAGAGGAGCAAGCCCCUCCCGCCAUAGUAUAUCCGAGUGGAGGAUGCAGAGCAUUGCCAGAGAUUCAGACGACAGCUCAGAUGAUGAAUUCUUUGAUGCACAUGAGGGCUUGUCCGAUAACGAAGAGGUGUUCCCAAAAGAAAUCACCAAAUGGAGUUCCAACGAUCUCAUGGAUAAAAUUGGAAGCUCUGAAUGCGAUGUCCAGGAUGACUUGUAUCAUGAAACAUCAACAGAGUACCAUGCUGGUUCCAGUGUGGAAAGGCUAAGCAUCAUAGAGGAUGAAUCAGUGCAGCCAUCAAUGCAGCCAAGCAAAAUCCACGUCCUAAUCUUGGUACUACAUGGAGGAAACAUCCUGGAUACAGGAAGUGGUGACCAGAAUUCAAAACAAGGAGAUGUCAAUACUAUCACAACAGUGUUUGAUACAGUAAUGAGGGUACAUUACCCAGCUGCUCUUGGACACAUUGCACUCAAGCUAGUUCCUUGCCCAGCCAUCUGCUCAGAAGCCUUUUCACUGGUAUCCAACCUUAGCCCUUACAGUUAUGAUGAAGGAUGCCUCUCCAAUAGUCAGGAUCACAUUCCACUCGCUGCACUUCCUCUGCUAGCAACAUCAUCCCCACAAUAUCAGGAGGCGGUAGCCACGGUGAUUUUGAGAGCCAAUCAAGCCUACAGCGAAUUCAUUAAAUCACAAGAAGGCACAUCAUUUACUGGCCAGGUCUGUUUGGUAGGGGACUGCGUAGGAGGAAUCCUGGGAUUUGAUGCCUUAUGUUACAGCAAUCAGACUGUGUCUGAGAGCCAAAACAGCAGCCGACGAGGGAGUAUUGUGAGUGUGCAGGACACUGACCUCCUGUCUCCUGGAAUAAUUGUGAACAACAGUUAUUGUUCCAGUGGCUCCAACCUGGAGGCCAGCAGACACCUCAGCAGAAGCAACAUUGAUAUUCCUCGGAGCAACGGAGAGGAUCCAAAGAAGCAGCUGCCCCGAAAAAGGAGUGAUUCAUCAACCUACGAAAUGGAUACAAUAAAGCAACAUCAGGCAUUCCUUUCAAGUUUACAUUCUAGUGUUCUGAGAAAUGACCCAGGAUCCAGACGAUCGAGUAGCUCCACAAUGUUGGAUGGAGGAAACCUUGGAAAAUUUGAAUUUGAGAUCACAGAUUUCUUCCUGUUUGGGUCUCCCUUGGGCCUGGUCCUUGCAUUGAGAAAAACCGUCAUCCCAGCUCUUGACAUCUUUCAGCUGAGGCCAGCCUGCCAACAAGUCUAUAACCUGUUCCAUCCUGCAGACCCAUCUGCCUCACGCCUGGAGCCCCUUUUGGAAAAGAGAUUCCACGUGUUGCCUCCCUUCAAUAUUCCACGCUACCAGAGGUUCCCAUUAGGUGACGGCAGUUCUGCUCUUCUGGUUGAGACAGUCCAGAACAACCCCAUCCUCCUUGUGGAAAGCAGCCCAUUGGUUGCUCUCCAGCGCCAGGACAGCUUCAUGGAAACCUGUAUACCUGUUCCAGUUCUGAAUUGGCAAGAUGUUUCCAAUAAAAAUGCCGUUUUUGCUGAGUCAGAUGUUGUUCAGUCUCAUGGUGCAGUCUUCAUGGAAAAUGCGUCCCUUUCCACCCCCAUUACAACCCCUCAGUUCAGGGGAUUCCGGAGGGCCAGUGAGAUCAGCAUUGCCAGCCAGGUCUCAGGAAUGGCAGACAGUUACACUGCUUCCAACAUAGCUAACAAAAACAAAAAUCGUCUUAACCAUGCCAGAGGAGGAUUUAGCUUUCUGUCCCAACUUGCCCUCCCUCACAAAUCCCCCACCCAAGCCUCGCCCAAGAGACGUAGGCAACGUAAACAUGAAAUACCCCAGAAUCAUUUAGGAAGAAGGCUUGAGGGGCCAUCAAGUUGGGAUCCGGACUCUAUUCUACAAAUACCAGAUCUGGACAUCAAGAAAGUUGCUGCCAGAUGGUGGGGAACAAAAAGAAUAGACUAUGCCCUUUACUGUCCCGAUGCACUGACUGCCUUUCCGACGGUAGCCUUACCACACCUCUUCCAUGCAAGCUACUGGGAAUCGACAGAUGUAGUCUCCUUCCUGCUGAGACAGGUGAUGAGACACGAAAACUCCAGCAUUCUGGAACUGGAUGGAAAGGAGGUCUCUGUAUUCACUCCUUCAAAGCCCAGGGAGAAGUGGCUGCGCAAGAGGACACAUGUCAAGCUAAGGAAUGUCACAGCCAACCACAGAAUCAAUGAUGCCAUCGCUAAUGAAGACGGACCCCAGACCUUAACAGGAAGGUUUAUGUAUGGGCCGUUAGACAUGGUCACACUCACUGGGGAAAAGGUGGACAUUCACAUCAUGACCCAGCCGCCAUCUGGAGAGUGGAUUUACUUUGACACCGAAAUCAGCAACAGCAGUGGCCGGAUUUCCUACGUUAUCCCUGAGAACAAGCGGCUGGGGAUUGGCGUAUAUCCCAUCAAGAUGGUGGUCAGGGGUGACCACACAUAUGCAGAUAGCUAUAUCACCGUUCUACCUAAGGGGACGGAAUUUGUGGUCUUCAGCAUUGAUGGUUCCUUUGCAGCCAGCGUGUCUAUAAUGGGUAGUGACCCCAAAGUCAGAGCUGGCGCAGUUGAUGUUGUAAGGCACUGGCAAGACCUUGGCUACCUCAUUAUCUAUGUCACAGGCCGACCUGAUAUGCAGAAGCAAAGGGUGGUGGCAUGGUUAGCACAGCACAAUUUCCCCCAUGGGAUAGUCUCAUUCUGUGAUGGGCUUGUCCAUGACCCACUGCGGCACAAGGCCAACUUCCUGAAAACCCUCAUUACAGACCUCCACAUGAGGAUCCACGCCGCAUACGGAUCCACUAAGGAUAUUUCGGUGUACAGCGCCAUUAGUUUGCCACCCACGCACAUCUAUAUCGUUGGCCGACCAACCAAGAAAUUACAGCACCAGUGUCAGUUCAUUACUGAGGGGUACGCAGCCCACCUUGCCCAGCUGGAGUAUAACCAUCGCUCCCGGCCUGCUAAAAACACGACCCGGAUGGCACUGAGAAAAGGCAGCUUUGGUCUCCCCAGCCAGCCAGAUUUCCUGCGCAAGAGGAACCAUUUGCUACGUACCAUCUCCUCACAGCCCCCGGGGACGACCGGGAAUGCCAGCCACAGACCUGAACGAACGCAGAGCCAGUCAGACAGCGAUAGGGAGAGAGAGCGGGAGCGUAGCCAAAGAAGCAUGAGCAUUGCCACUGGGUGCUGGGGCCGGAGCGCAGCCUCAAAACUGGAAUCUGGCACUUUAGGUCAGAAGUAGAGCCAGCCAGGAGCCAGUGACAGUCGGCCACAGCCACCAGAGGAGAAACAGAAGGAAUAAAGGACAAGGCCAGCAGUGUGAGAUGGAAGGGUAAAUAUGGUGCUACUCUCUAACAACAACAUGGUAUGCUAGGAGGAAAGGCUGGUGUAUUUUCCACAUGGAAUGUGCAGGCCUUAAAAUGGCGUGUUGGGUUUGCAGAGCACUAGCCUGAAAAACCAUUUGAAAUUAGGGAACCAAGGGGGAAAACACAGUUUCCAGAUCAAGACUAUGCUCUCUUCUGCCUCCUUUUCUUAUCCAGGUUUAGUGACUGUAAAUAUGUGCCUCCCUCACCUUCUUAGCCAUCAAUCAGAUACACGUGACUGAGUGUGAUCCUCAGUGCCAUGGGGUGGAAGGAGAAGAAGUCUGGUUAGACCUUUCACUUGGGUUGUUCCAUUAGCCAGACUGAAAGAGGCUGCUGGAUACCAGUACUUUUUUGUGUGUUUUUAAACUAAGUAUGUCAUUUCCAAGGUGCAGAGAGGCUGAAACGAGAGGCUUCUUCUGCACUGGGUGAAGCAAUCAAGUGUUUUACAUGUACAGAGAGCUUAGAAUUUAUCCACUUUGUACCCAGGAGGAUGUAUAUCAGCAAGGCAUUAACGAAGUGUCAACUGCUGUUGGUAGGAGCCGUAUGUCAGCAGAUUGAUGCUCUAGAAAGUGGGGUCAUUAGUUUUUUGUUUGUGUUUUAAACAUUUUGAAAGGUGAUGGAAUUUAAUGCAUUAAGCUAUUAAAAAAAACAAGGAGUUUUGUUUUAGCUGUUAAAAACAUCAGCCACUUACUUUACUGUAUAGUUCUCCAAGUAUUACUGCUGUAUAUUAUUUCAGAAACUAACCACCAUAUAUUUGCAGUGUCUGAAAGUACUCAACAGCUAGAUUACACUGCAUUUCCUGUCAUCAAAAUGCAGAGUCCAAAUAUUUCACCACUAUCCCCAACUCAGAGACAUUUCUUCUUCCCAGGUUCUCUCCGAUAUCAGUAACAGCUUUCACGGGAAUUAGACUUGCUUCUUUUAACUGUAGUUAUUCAACUGUAAAACCUCAUUGUUUUUGCACUGAUAAUUUUUAGAAUGGAGACCUGUUACCAUCUCAUGUAGCUACACCUAAUUGUUUGUAGUGCAUGACAAUUAAAUAUUACUAAGCCAGGGUGUGUGUAUAUAUAUACAUAUAUAUUAUAUAUAUAUAAAUUUGUGUAGAAGUUUUUCCACCAAUAAGGAGAUUGUAAGGAAGUGUGCCAACUAAGUUGCACAAGCUUAAGAAAAGGCCAUAUCUUAAUUUUCCUAGCCUCUCUUUCAGUGGAUGUGGCUGAGCUGAUGGUUUGGUGCGCUGCCAUGACUUGAAUCUCUCUCUUGCACUGAGCAUGCCAGGGUCUGGGAGCACUGCAGAGGUGACAUUUCCAGUCUGCAGGACAAUGUGCUGGGCUGCUUGCUAGCACCCCCUACCGACCACUGCAGAAGAGGAGAUUGUCAGCCACAAGGUAUUCAAAGGUGAAGGACAUAAUUUAAGGAGGAGCAGAGAGAACAGUGCCUAGAACAGAGGGGUUGCCUGAAAGCCCUGCCCCCUCCCAGGUCAAACUAGCCAGGAUUUCUGAAUUUCCAGCCUCGGUGAAGGGUGCAGCUUCCUUCUUGCACACACCAACUGGGGUAUGGGAAAUAUCCACACUGGGAUAUUUGGGGCUCCCACCUGCCUAUUUCACAUGAAGAUUUUAUAUUCAUAG